AUGAUAACACUCAACGGUAAUAAACCUGUUUGGAUACGAGAUAAUGAACAUGGUUUUGUUCUUGGAAAAAUUCAUGAUAUUGCUACUGAUAAUGUAACUGUUCAAAUAAACGAAAAUAAAAAGAUCAUUGCUGUUCCUUAUGAUUCAGUAUUUCAAGCUGAAGAAUAUGAUAAAGAUGUCGAUGAUAAUUGUGCACUCAUGUAUCUCAAUGAAGGAACUUUAUUAAAUAAUGUUCGUCGUCGUUAUAAAAAAGAUCGAAUUUAUACUUAUGUAGCUAAUAUAUUAAUUGCUAUUAAUCCAUAUAAAGAAUUACAUGGUUUUUAUAAUACUGAUACAAUGAAAAAAUAUAAUGGAAAAUCACUUGGUGUAAUGCCACCUCAUGUAUUUGCUAUUGGUGACAAAGCAUAUCGUGAUAUGCGUACAACGAAACAAAGCCAAUCGGUUAUUGUUUCGGGCGAAUCAGGCGCUGGCAAAACUGAAUCAGCAAAAUAUGUUUUACAAUAUUUAACUGAAUCCUAUGGUACUCAUAGUGGUCAAAUUGAAGAUCGUAUUAAUAAAUCUAAUCCAUUAUUAGAAGCAUUUGGAAAUGCAAAAACAACUCGUAAUAAUAAUUCAAGUCGUUUUGGUAAAUUUAUUGAAGUUCAUUUUAAUGAAAAAUAUCGUGUUGUUGGUGGUUAUAUAUCUCAUUAUUUACUUGAAAAAUCUCGUAUAUGUGUUCAAUCAAAAGAUGAACGAAAUUAUCAUAUAUUCUAUCGUUUAUGUGCUGGUGCACCAGAAAGUAUUCGUAGUGCAUUACGACUUUCUUCACCAGAUAAUUUUCAUUAUCUCAAACGAGGUUGUACACAAUUUUUUUGCAAUAAUCAAACAGAAAAAAAUUUAUCAAAAAAUCGGCUAAGUCAAGAUUUUGUGUCAAAAGGACCAUUACGUGAUCCACAAUUAGAUGAUGUGAAAGAUUUUCUUGAAUGUGAUCAAUCAAUGGAUCAUAUGGGUUUAUCAGGUCAAGAUAAAAUAAAUAUUUAUAGUACAGUUGCAUCUGUUCUUCAUCUUGGAAAUAUUAAUUUCGAAGAUGAUCCGGAAAGUACAAAAGGUGGUUGUACAGUAACAUCAUCUACUCAACAAUCAUUAACUAUAACAUCUGAAAUGUUGGGUCUUGACAUACGUGAACUUCGUAAUGCAUUAAUAACACGAGUCAUAAUGACUAAAACAACAAGCAAUACUAAAGAUAAUAUAAUUUCUGUACCAUUGAAAGAUUAUGAAGCACAAAAUGCUCGUGAUGCAUUAGCUAAAGCAAUAUAUGUUCGAUUAUUUGAUCAUAUAGUUAGUGUUAUUAAUAAAUCAAUACCAUUUAGUUCAUCAAUAUCAUAUAUUGGUAUACUUGAUAUUGCUGGUUUUGAAUAUUUUCCUAUUAAUUCAUUUGAACAAUUUUGUAUUAAUUAUUGUAAUGAAAAAUUACAACAAUUUUUUAAUGAACGAAUACUUAAAGAAGAACAAGUUUUAUAUGAACGAGAAGGUCUUGGUUUGAAAAAGAUUCAUUAUAUUGAUAAUCAAGAUUGUAUUGACUUAAUCGAAGCGAAAACAAUUGGUUGUUUUGAUUUAUUAGAUGAAGAAAGUAAAUUACCAACUCCUCGACCUGAACAUUUUACAACUGAAGUUCAUAUUCGUAAUAAAGGUCAUCCAAGACUUGAUCUUCCACGAAAAUCUAAAUUACGUACAUCACGUGAAAUUCGUGAUGAUGAAGGUUUUCUUAUUCAACAUUUUGCUGGUGGUGUUGUUUAUUCUACAGCGCAAUUUAUUGAGAAAAAUAAUGAUGCUUUACAUGCAUCACUUCUUCUUCUCAUACAAGAAUGUAAAAAUAGUUUUAUUAAAAGUUUAUUUUUGAAAACAUCGGAAAAUGAACCAUCAACAGGAAAAUUAAAUUUUAUAUCUGUCGGAUCAAAAUUUCGAUCUCAAUUAACUGAUCUGAUGAAUAAAUUACGAAGUACUGGUAUUAGUUUUAUUCGUUGUAUCAAACCAAAUCUUAAAAUGGUACCCAAUUUAUUUGAAGGUGGUCAAAUUUUAAGUCAAUUGCAAUGCAGCGGUAUGGUAGCAGUAUUAGAUCUAAUGCAACAAGGUUUUCCAUCACGUACACAAUUUGCUGAAUUAUAUUCAAUGUAUAAAUCUUAUUUACCUGAUGAAUUAGCUCGACUUGAGCCACGACUUUUUUGUAAAUGUUUAUUUAAAGCAUUAAAUCUUCGUGAUGCUGAUUUUAAAUUUGGUUUAACGAAAGUAUUUUUUCGUCCAGGAAAAUUUGCUGAAUUUGAUCAAAUUAUGAAAUCUGAUCCACAAAAUUUAGCUGCUCUUAUAUCAAAAGUUAAAAAAUGGCUUAUAUGGACUCGAUGGAAAACAGCUCAAUGGUGUGCUUUAUCAGUUAUUAAACUUAAAAAUAAAAUUCUUUAUCGACGUAAAUGUUAUGUUGAUAUUCAACGACAUGCACGCAUGCAUCUAGUUUAUCGGGAAUAUGCACCAAGAAUUCGAGGUUUAGUUAAAGUGAAAGCUUUACAUGAACAAGUUGGUUCAAUGGAAAAUAUUGCUGGUCAAAUGAAAGUAAAUAAAGAAAAAGUACAUCAACAAAUACAACAAAUAAAACAACGUGUUGAUCAAUUAAUUCAUUUAAUUACAAAUACUCGUAUAACACCGAGUGAAAUUGAUGAUGCAUAUAAUGAACUUGUUUCUUCUAUUGAUCGUGAAUUUCGUCGAUUAAAACAAGUACUUGCUGAACAAGAAAUGAAAGAAGAAGCAGAACGUUUAAAAAAGAUUCAAAGUGAACUUGAAAAUGAAAAAAAUAAAAAAACUAAUGAAGAUAAACGAUCUGCACAAGAUAAAGAAGAAUUUCAACAACGUUCGGCUCUUGUUCAACGACAAAGAGAAGAAGAGCAGCUGAAAGGUAAACUAACAGCUGAAGAAUCUCGACGUCAAAAAGAACGGCAAGCACAAGAAUUUGCUGAAGAUACUCGUUUAGCAGAAGUGAAUGAACGUGAACGUCGAGAUUAUGAUUUAGCUCGACGUCUUGCUUUGGAAACAGGUACUGAAGCUGAUUUACCACAUCUACAUCGAUCACGUCGUCCAGCUGUUAAUUCAAAAUAUGAUUUAAGUAAACAUUCCUAUGCAGAAUUACGAGAUAUUAUUAAUACAUCUUGCGAUAUUGAAUUACUUGAUGCAUGUCGUGAAGAAUUUCAUCGACGUUUAAAAGUUUAUCAUGCAUGGAAAGUAAAAAAUCGUAAAACAAAAAAUCCGUCCGCUGUAGCUGAUAAUGGUGAACAUAUCGAUGAAGAACGAGCACCAAGAGAUAUUAUGACUAAUGUUGUAAAACCUGCUAUAACAGAUAGUACGAAUAAAAAAGAUGGACAAACUAUGGCAAACGGAUCUAACGCUAAAAAAGGCGAUAGUGAUAAAAAUGCUGAACAACGUUAUUUUCGUAUUCCAUUUGUUCGUCCUAAUGAACAAAAUCGUGAUACAAAUAGUGAACAAAAAAAGAAAGGCUGGUGGUAUGCUCAUUUUGAUGAUAAAUGGAUUGUUCGUCAAAUGGAAAUUCAUGCAGAUAGAAAACCAGUUCUUCUUGUUGCAGGUGUUGAUGAUACGAAUAUGUGUGAAUUAAGUUUAAAUGAAACAGGUUUAACUUCAAAAAAAGGUGCUGAAAUUCUUGAAAAUGAUUUUGAACAAGAAUGGGCUAAAUAUGGAGGCAGAGAAUAUUUAAAAUCUCAUAAAGGACGCAUUAGUUCAAAAUAUGUUAAUCAAAUACUUCAAAAUUAUCAUUAA